AUGCCAGUUAGGUGCAGCUCUCGUCGCGACGCUGCCGAUUGCUCUGAGGCGUUGAUCGUCGCCGGACCCGGCUUGCUCUCGGCCGAGAAGUUCAUUUGGUCAUCCGAUGCAAGGUCGACCAUCGCUGGCCCUCGACAGUCGAACACCGAUGGCGAGUUCCGGCUGGAUGACUGGUCUGAGUUGAGCACGAAACAGUUGCCAUCUGGCACGCCGAUGUCGAUCGACACACUGGACGGAUUUGCGAGUGAGACGGACGACACACUCAUCUUGGCCACGCAAGACCCGCUGACUCCCCUAAAACUUUGGCUCAGCGCUGUUCCCGGCGGACAAUACGACCUGUUGUCAGAAACUCCGGCGAAAUUCAGCACCAGCGAGUGCAGUGUAUCCGAUCACCACGCGAUGAAUGCAAGAGGUGACUUGAUCCCAUACACUCUGGUCGGCCGCAACCAGCCUAUGGGCGGGCAGCCUGUCUGCAUUAUUGUGUGUGGUCGAGGCCUAGUUCCCCAGUAUAGCACAAUCAUUGGCAGGCGAUGGCUGGAACCCGGUGGAGCGAUCGUCUUCGUUGGAAGUUGCCAUCGCGAGGCCGGAUCUUUCUUUCAGGAUGUGACCUCCAUUAUCGUCGAUCUCGUAUUGAAUGGACUUGCCCUACCAGAUCGCAAUGCCAUCUUGGCUGCGUACGAGCAUGGUGCCAUGUUGAUUGAGAAAUAUCCGACCUCCGAUCACGCCUUCAGUGCCGUUGGCUCCUUGAACCCGUUGUGGAAUAGUCAACCGGAUUUCCUUUCCGCAGGAAAAUAUAUCAAUUACCAUCGCGGAGCAUAUGCACCAGGCCUCCUUAUCGGCUGCAAUAAUUUAAGCGACUUGUGCGGCCUUCGAAGGGCGCGACACAUUGGCGCCAAGCUACAGCAAUACGAAUACCAGUGCACACUUGCCAAUGACCAAAAUCAUGCUCACAAUCUGCAGAUCAUCGUGAGAAAGGCCUUAUACCGAGCGAGAGAGCACGUCAUCCAGCGAUAUCCUGACCAGCAACUCGACAGACUGUCAGCCAGUGAUCUUCGAUGGCUGGGUCGAAAGACAGAGCUACACGCAGAAGUCAAGCUCGAAAUCGAGACAAACGGUAUAUCUGUACCAGAAGCAAAGAUGGCCGACUUGUUUGAGAAAAAUUGGAAGGACGUUGUUUACAAGUCGAAGAGGAAAAGGACACAAGCCGAGAACAGCCAGCGAGCUGCUGACGCGGUGCCAGGUGACGAAAGUGGCGCUCAGGAGGACGGUAACGAUAGGGAAGAGGCAGAUACUGGAACCGGGGCUUACUUGCAACUCAUCUUGAAUCAUGGCAGCAGUGAAUCAUAA